UUUCAGCUCAAGUCUCAAAAGGCUUCUAAAACCCUUCUGUCUAAUUGGUUUCUAUCGCGAAAAAUAAAACCCUAAAUUCUCCGUCCCCCCCUCUCUCUCUUUCUCUGCAAUUCUUUUAAAUAUAAAUCAAAGAACCCUAAUUUUAUACACAUGGAAGGUAAAGUGAAGAAUUUCUGUCUAUCGGAUUCCCGGACUAUACUCUCACAUCUUAAGCACCAAGAGAAGCAACUUAAGCUCAAGAGGAGAUGGUUGAUGGACCUUCCCAUGUCUGAUUCAGAAAAAAAGAAGCUUUUCAGAUACAGGUCGAUGCCUGAAUCUAUGCUUAGGGAAGAUGAUAUAUUCCAUGAGACUGUAAAAAAGUAUGUUGAAGAAGCUUUUGGAGCUCAUCAUGAUGAAAGAGAGAAUAUUAUUGAAGAGAAUAAACAACUGUUUGACAGAUCCAAUCUGAAAGGGCUCCUUCUUUCAUGCCUUAAUGCUUUGACAAAUAAGGGACUUUUCCUUCUUGCUAUGAUGCUAUCUGGAGGAUCAAUCAAUUUUGAAAAAACACGGCCAAAGAUGAAGAAGGUGAUCAAACAAUCAAUUCCAAAGGUUGUUGGUGAUCAAAAUCGCACUUUGCAAAUAGAAAUUUUAAAGCAGCUAUCUCAACUCCUCCAGGACCCACAAAAUGUCAGAGACAGUUGUUUGAAACUUUUGAUUCCCACAUUUCAAUCUCAUCAUGCUUCUGCUAUUAAAAUACUGGACAGACUACGUGAUUUAUCGACUGAUACCCUGCUUGCUAUGCUCAGGAAACUCAGAGGUGUGCCAGCUCGCACUCCUAGCUUGCAAGAAAAAAGAUAUGGAUCGAGCAGAAAAGACCUGAUUCAUAAAAUAAGGACAACUAGUGAGAAAAUGCUUUCAGAACUUGGCAGAGGGGUUGAGCUACAAGCACCAUUAGCAAAAGCACUUGCUGUAGCUGGUUUAUCACUAAAAAGGACAGCAGUCUUUUCAAAUUUCUUUGUGGAAGACUUUAAUCAGUUCUCACCAGAAACAAAAACCUUGCAGAAUGAGAUAUCAAAAGCUAUUUGGUUACUCGAAACAAAGGUUCAAACCCAGGAAUUGAAAACUUUGAAACUUCUUUUAGAUCCAGAUGCCAAUGUCCCAAAUCUGAGAUUAAGAACAUUAAUGAAGAAAAUGUUAACUGAAUAUCUUUUUGAAUGCAACGAUUUGGAUACAAUUCCCAAAUCUUUAUUGGAGGGUCUUGCUUUUAUCAACAGGAAUUGUCGAAGAACGCCAAAUCCACGCUUCUUGAAGGAGGAAAUUGAAGAAGAGGUGGAAUGCAUAUUAAGUGUGAGUGCUGAAAUGAAGCAGACUGUUUGGGGUUUCCUUCCAAACCAUGAGUUUGAUGAGGAUUUUACUGAUGCAUACAUGGAAGAAUUAGAAGAAAGUGAUGAUGGUGAUGAUGAUGAUCAUCAUCAUGAUGAAUAUGAUACUUUCACUGCUACUGGUGACAGUGAUGCGGAUGGUCAGCAACUGCAACCUAGAAAUAUUCUAAGCAGCAGGACUUAUUCUGUUGGUUUGGAUAAUCUAGAAGAAAGUUGUGGGGAGCAUGAUCCAGUGGAUUCGAAACCAUCCAUUUCUACCUCUCAGGGGAAUUGUGGUUCCUCUCCAUUAAUCGAAGGAAAAAGAAAUAUUAGCGGCAUGCUUAAUGUGGAAAGCACAGGCAAAUCUGCAACGUCAAGGAUCAAUGAAAAUGGUUUUUCCCCUCAAUUUCCUUCUGGUGGAAGGUUAAAUAGCAUCUCUAUGAAGGGAAAUGAACCUGUACAAGGUACUACAGUAGGUAUGGAAAACCCUUUGGAAGGUUAUGUUAAAGGGGUUAAAUCUAUGUCCAAUGAGCAAAGUACACAUACAAAUCUAUACCUGGGCAUCCAAGAUAUAUGUGAUGAGACAAGCAUGGUUGCCUACAAUAUCAUUGGUUACAUGCUCGAGAAGUUUGCACACGAAGCAGGCUUAGAUUUAAAUCAGUGUGGUAGUUCAUAUCUCAGAGGGGAUCCCUCAAGUCAAGAAAAUCAAGAAGAAAGGCAGAAUUCUUCCAAGACAAAUGAAGCUGGUUCCGUUAUUGUUCAAGCUGUGGAAGAGCUAGUUCCUUCCUUCCCCAAGAGUGGAAUGGAAAAGCUAAAGGAGUUGCUUGGCAUUGUUUAAGCUUUGGAUACUGGAUAAUACUAACAAUGCUCUAAAAAGAGAGAUUUUCUUCGUUUGCCUCCAGAUAGAGAGGUGUAAGCAGUUCAAGGGGGAGAUGGCAACCCCUUAACCAAUUUGAUGAUGAUUAUACAUAACGUCCAUUAUUUGUUUGUCGGCAAAGAGCAGCCUUCUUGAUAUUUCAGGUUAAUGAUAUGUAGUGAAGAAAAUGGAGGUGAAGACUGAAGAUAAAAGAUAACCAAAUUGUUGCCAUGAUUCAAUCAAUUCAAUGGAAAAUUUUGUUGUAUUAUAUCUCAAACGUCAGUUUUUCUACAUUGUAUUGAUUCAUUUGUGAAAUUUUGCAAGGAUUCCGUGUAACUUUGGGUGAUUGGAAGAUGAGAAAGAGAGGGAAAAUGGAGAGAAACAAAGAAGAUGGAGGAAUAUCAAUAUGUGGGGAUACAAAAAUUAUAUUAUCAAUUAAUCUUCAGCGCAAGUUAUAAACGAACU